UACAAAACCAAUAUCAUGGCGGAGGGAAUUGUGUAUGACGUCAUAGUGGUGGGCGCCGGGAUAGUGGGGUCUUAUACUGCCUACCAUGCCCGUAAGGCGGGGAAGACAACGCUUCUCCUUGAACAGUUCCCACUACCCCACAAUCGUGGGAGCUCGCACGGUCAGUCCAGGACUAUUCGGAGCGCAUAUGGAGCCCAAGAAUAUUAUACAAAGAUGAUGAACAAGGCCUUCCGAAUGUGGAAGGAGCUCGAGGAACAAUCUAAUAAGAAACUAUUGAGACAAACUGGCUUGCUGUGUAUUGGUCAAAAGGGUGUAAACUACCUGGAUGAAACAGCGAAAUGCUUGCAGAAGAAUAAAACUCCAUUUCGAAGACUGGAUGACGAAAACUUCCAAGCCACUUAUCCUAUGCUCUCCUUUUCUCCGGGAAUUGGUGGCGCCGUCGUCGACUGUAGUGCGGGAUUUUUGUUAGCUGGUAGGGCGCUAACUGCUAUUCAGAACCAAUACCGGAAGAUAGGGGGCUUGCUCAAAGAUGGAGAGAAAAUGGUGGAGAUAAUCCCAGGGGAGGUGAUUAGGGUGAGGACAGACGUGGGGUUGUACCAGGCCAAGACUAUCGUGUUGUGCGUGGGGCCGUGGGCCAAAAAAGUACUCACCAAGCUCGGGGUAGCUGUUCCUCUUCAGACACAGAAAAUUAAGGUAUGUUAUUGGAAAGAGAAAAUACCUGGCACUUUCAGUUCACGGCAGUUUCCGGUGUUCUCCCAGGUUAAUGCUAUUGGCCCCUACCUUGUGUACGGGGUUCCGUGUGAAGAGUAUCCGGAUUUAGUGAAGGUGUGUCUACACUACGGCCCGGCGGUAGACCCGGAUUACCGAGACACGGUGGACGAUAAUUGGGUGAAGGAGGCACUGCAGAAAUACGUAAUAGAGCACCUUCCAGGCCUUGAACCAUACCCUGUUAUAACAGAGUCAUGCAUAUAUACGAACACACCUGAUGAAGACUUCAUACUGGACCGUCAUCCUUCGUGGGGUAACAUCGUCAUAGGAGCUGGAUUCUCCGGACAUGGUUUCAAGCUGGCUCCAGUGGUAGGAGAAAUUCUUUCAAAAAUGGCGACCGGACUGAUCCCGGAGGAAGACAUGUCCUACUUCAAAUUAAAUCGUUUUACAAAAUCACGGUUAUGAUGAAAUAAAACAUUUUAUAAAAACAGGUACUAUUGACAUGAAAUGACGCAGCUGUCACGUCCCUAUUGAUUAGUUAGAAGGGUUGCGUAAAGUAAUAUUUGAGAGGAAAGUAGCAGUUAAAGGCAAGGCAAAAUGAUAAAGGUAAACUUAUAUCAAGAAUUUUGAAUGAGUUUUCAUUUCAUGUAAGAUUUUAUGAAACUCGUCAUUGUCCAACUAAUUAAAUCACAAUCGGUUUCUGACUGGCACAGCCAAUGAAAAACGUCCCAGUCUAUAAUACACUAGUGACAAAAUAUCACACUAGUGACAAAAUAUCACACUAGUGACAAAAUAUCACACUUGUGACAAAAUAUUACACAAGUGACAAAAUAUCACACUUGUGACAAAAUAUUACACUAAUGACAAAAUAUCACACUAGUGACAAAAUAUUACACUUGUGACAAAAUAUUACACUUGUGACAAAAUAUUACACUUGUGACACAAUAUUACACUAGUGACAAAAUAUGACACUUGUGACAAAAUAUUACACUAGUGACAAAAUAUUACACUCGUGACAAAAUAUGACACUAGUGACAAAAUAUCACAUUUGUGACAAAAUAUUACACUAGUGACAACAUAUCACACUAGUGACAAAAUAUCAUACUGGCUUAUUCACUGGAUAACAUGCAGGUUAUGUGUAUAAAAUAUAUCAUAAAACCAUAGCACAAAACAUUAAGAUGUUUUACCAUUUCAUAAUACUCAGCCAAGUUGAAUCUAUUUCUUCAAUCGUCAAUGUUUUAAUCAAAACUAAUUUUCAAUUAACGUACAUUUUUAGUGCAUAGAUAUGUACAUUGUACACUGAUUUCUUUCUUAUACGUUUUUCAAUAAAUCUGUGGUACGCAUA